AUGAGAUAUUCUAGAAGCAGUACAAGGAGAGAGCUAGCUGAAAAGAUCUUUACCAGUUAUCUAGCUCCCCGGAACCUUCCUAGUGCAGGAUUCCUCCCGUUUCUCCAAACGGUGCUUUGUAGCUCAGAUGCCACAUGCAGAAGCACACCAUAUGCGCCUGAAGACCUGCUAGCCAAGCUGAGUCAUAUCUUGCCUGCAAGGAGAAAACAGAGAAGGUCAGCUAACCUGGAGAAGGACAGCAAUCCAUCAACCCAGAGUGCUGAUGCUCCCGAAAGCAGGAAUGGUUCACUGGUCACUGCAGACUGGACUGAUUCAGCAGCCAAUCCAAAUAACACUGCUGAAAAUAUUUCGUCAAUGGCCAGCCAUGCCAGUAUUCAGCUGCUCAACAAGAUACUCAAGCUAGCAGAGGUACAAAAGUCGUCUGCAGCAAACCUUAAAGCUGAGAUCUGUGAGGUCAUGUCAGCAAAUGCAUCUCCGCAGAGUCCCUUUUGGGAAGUCAUUGGAGCAAACAUCCAUCAGACAUUUUGCUUCAGCAACCUAUCUCUUGUGGGGUCAUUCUUUCAAGAACUUAGAAAUCAGAUUCCCAAAUUACAACAUGAUCCACAUUACCAGAUGUCCUUUGUUAAGGACACAGUUUCAUUCUUAUCACUCGUCUCCCAAGUGCAGAAUGACACCUCUACAUGGCGACUCCUCUUGAUGGCCCCAGAUAUCAUUCAAGGUGUCACCAGCAUGGAGGGUAUGGCUGCUGCCCUUCAGAACACAAGCAGAAAAGUAUUCUCUCCAGAUUUUGCUGGUGAAGAUCUUGCUGGUGAAGUGAGCCAUCUCUCCAAGAAUUUAAAAAUCAUUAAGAAAUCUUUACAACUUUUCCAGGAUUUACAAGAGAAAUUUAGUACUGCUGAACUGAAAAACCUAGAGCUAUUCAAGCAAUAUGAGAACAGAACUAUCCUGAGACUGGCUGAAAUUCUGUCCCAGCAAGCAGCAGGUGACAGAGAUAAUACUUCAAGAGAUGGAUUAAAUAAGGAAGAAAUCCACAGUCUCCGGAGCUUCCUGUCUCUGCUGCUUCAGAAAGGCUCCAGUGGGUUGUCCCUUUUGGACAUAAUGGCCCACUUGAUAGCAACUCCAAAUGUUUCCAACUUAGGUAGAAGUGUUUGGGAUCCAGCUUUUUUAAAUAAAAUUAAUUUUAACACCACAAAGACAUGGCAAAUUAUGGAAAUGAUAACUCACAGAUUUUUGUACACGCAUGAAGGCUUUAGAAGCCACUCAAAAGUGGCCACCCCCGAGGGUUUUCAGGGGCUGCAGGAGGUUCCAAAGCCCCUUUGA